GAACCAAGGCUUACAGGGGACUAUGCAGUUCUACAUCAAACUGUAUAAAAACUCUCAUUAUGCAUUUGCCUGUGUUGUUGCAGGCCUAAAUCUUUAUUAUUGGUAUAGAAUAUGCACAUAGCUGCACGUGCACGCGUGAGGAAACGAGGAUACCCAGCUGCCGCUGCUGCAAGAAAGAGAGAGGGGACUCUGCCGUGCUUUCAUCAAUAUAAUCACCAUCCUAAGUACUAGCUCUUAACAUUUUGUUUUUCGGUGUUCAGGCGAGAAGUGACAAGAAUAUAGACCCCUCCUCUGCAGGGCGGAGCGUGCAUUUUCAUUUCGUAUUUUGUAUAUUUUUUUUUUCCUUUUUUUUUCUACCCCUGUUCCUUGCUCUGACACGUCUGCACUGAGUGAGUGGCAUUGGCACACUGUCAAUCGCUCACUACCGCUGCCAUCAAACAACAUAAAACACACACAGGCAGAGGCUGGAGCUCAUAAAUUUCAGCAGGGGCAAGAUAUUUUUUGCGCAUCGCCUUUAUAUACAGCGCUGUGUCCUAAUUAAUUUCUUCUCGUGGUUGAUUUUUUUUUUUUUUUUUUUAAACAGAAAUCUCCCAACUUUUUUUUGUACAUUUCAUAUUUUUUUUAUAGUCACAUUUGGACACCUUACGCCGCAGAUUGUGUAUUAAUUUUUUCUUUCUUUUUACAAAAAAAGAAUACUGUCAGUUGUCGCGGGAACCAUUUCUGCACAUUUAUAGUUGGCAACACCUGCAAGCUUUUUUUUUUAUUUGUUUACACGCUUCUACAUUGGAUAUUUUUUGUUGCCGUUGCUUCACUCGGACGAUUUGGACAUUUUGGAGAAGGAAUGCGCCGGGAAUCCCAUGAAGAGCGCUAAUAAAUGAGAGAUCACCAAGGAGCGUUUCUGUCUACACCAGCCGUCAAAUCCCAGAGAAAAGACAGAUUGGCAUGAGGAUCAGUGCGGGAUACGAUGGACCGUCAAUUUUGACAAAGAAGUGUUAAGAAGAAGAAGCAAGAUUUAUGCAUUUUUCUACAAACACAGUCACGCGUUUUGGCACUUUGGACCGCGCGUAAAAAAGCGAGAGGACAGCGAGAACUUGGGACAUAAGAUUUACGCUAAAACAUUUUCACAUCACUGCUAUAGGCUUCUUCUUUUUUUAAACGUGUGUGCUCUGUGUCGCUGAAGAAUCACAGCCGUGCAUCCCUCUUGUCUGCGGCACAUGCUAUAACCGAUUUCGUAUAUGAGUUUUUCAAUUUGUGUGGCUCAGUGCACAGACUCUUUAGCGGCUACUAUGGACGAUCAAGCCCGGAUCAUGCAGUCGAUCGGCGGUGUCAGUCUGGCUGGCCACUCGGUACAAGGAGGCAUGGCACUGCCGCCUCCACAUGGACACGAUGGGACAGACGGAGACGGAAGAAAACAAGACAUUGGUGACAUUCUCCAUCAAAUAAUGACCAUAACUGAUCAAAGUCUGGACGAGGCGCAAGCAAAAAACAGGAAACAUGGACUGAACUGUCACAGAAUGAAACCAGCACUCUUCAGCGUUCUCUGUGAAAUCAAAGAAAAGACAGGUCUCAGCAUCCGUGGUGCGCAGGAGGAGGACCCCCCAGACCCCCAGCUCAUGCGUUUAGACAAUAUGCUGCUGGCAGAAGGCGUGGCGGGACCAGAGAAAGGCGGCGGAUCUGCCGCCGCCGCAGCCGCAGCCGCAGCCUCUGGCGGGGCGGCCGACAACUCCAUCGAACAUUCUGACUACAGAGCCAAACUCACCCAGAUCAGACAGAUCUACCAUACGGAGCUGGAGAAAUACGAACAGGCAUGUAACGAAUUCACCACCCAUGUGAUGAACCUGCUGCGGGAACAGUCUCGCACGCGGCCCAUUUCUCCCAAAGAGAUUGAGCGCAUGGUGGGAAUCAUCCACCGUAAAUUCAGCUCCAUCCAGAUGCAACUGAAACAGAGCACCUGUGAGGCUGUCAUGAUCCUGCGCUCCAGAUUCCUUGAUGCCAGGCGGAAAAGGAGAAACUUCAGCAAGCAGGCGACGGAAAUCUUGAACGAAUAUUUCUACUCGCACCUCAGCAACCCGUAUCCGAGCGAGGAGGCUAAGGAGGAGCUGGCCAAGAAGUGCAGCAUCACAGUUUCCCAGGGGGUGGGAAGCACCAUCACAGUAUCACAGGUAUCCAACUGGUUUGGCAACAAAAGGAUCCGGUACAAGAAAAAUAUCGGCAAGUUUCAGGAAGAAGCCAACCUGUAUGCCGCCAAGACUGCUGUAAAUGCAGCACACGCUGCAGCCGCUGCAGUGCAGAACAGCCAGGCCAACUCCCCUACCACACCUAACUCCGGAUUCCAGAUGAAAGAUGAGGAGUUUCAGCUGGAUUCUGCAGAGAGCAAAAACACUCUUUUAACCAACAUGUUUACUGGUUCUUCAGGUUCUUUUAACCUCCCAAACUCUGGGGACAUGUUCUUGAGCAUGCAGAGUCUGAAUGGGGAUUCUUACCAAGGGGCACAAGUCGGAGCCAAUGUACAGUCACAGGUGGAUACCCUGCGCCAUGUUAUCAGUCAGACGGCAGGAUACAAUGAUGCUAUUGGGGGGAACACGAUGUAUAGUCCACACGGCUUAAAUGCUAAUGGGGGAUGGCAAGAUGCAGCGACUCCGUCUUCUGUGAUAUCUCCGACAGAAGGACCCGGAAGUGUGCACUCCGAUACCUCGAAUUGAUCCGCUGUUAAUGCAUCUUCUCCUCAAAGCUGGGCAUGGGACUAUUUUCGCUGGCUGACCAACUGCAGAGGAUACACACACAUAAAAAAAACACUUUUCACAACAGAUUGUUUUUUUUCCCCUGUACUUUAACAUUUCCCCCCCAUGCACCAAGCCAAACACACCCUCCUACAUUAACACCCGGUGUUCUCCUGGUCGUUCGGUGUUUUUCUUUCUGUCUCCAUAAAUCCGACGUGAUCUCCAUGCUCUUAUUUGUAUGUCGUAGGGGUAAGCACACACAAACAGAAAACAAACUUUCAGGAUAAUUAGCUCCUCCAAACUUAAAAUACCGGAUGACACUUGCGCAUUUAAUGUGACAUUUUAAACGCCUAUUUGUUUGAUUCUUGAUUUAAUUACCACUUGCCAUUUUGAUAAUUGGGUUCUCUUUCAGUUCUUACAAUACAUAGAUUAAAGCAGCUGUUUCUUUGACUGUAAUGUGCUUGCAAUCUUGUCCAGCAACUCAACAAUGCUACUGUUGACAGCUCAAUGGCAGCUUUGUAGUUACUUUCAAGAUUUAUUUUGCCUUACAGCCGUAUACAUUAGUACAAGGAAAUGGCUUCAAACUCUGGAACAUAAAGAAGUGUAAUUGAUUGCUUGACUAUAACAUGACACCAUUCCAUAUUUUAUAAUUUGAUGUUUAGUAUGUAAAUAUGUAAACAUUUUCUUUUUUUUUUGUACUGCUUAUCAACAAAUAAUACACAGUAUAUCAUUCCUUCAUGGCGCACAGGAGCAGGCCCCGUUACACAGGAAAAGUUGUACAUAAUAUAGCUUAAGAGUAAUUAUACAUCCCACCAAUCAAAACACAGCUUUAUUACCUCAUUCAAAUUCAUAAAAAGAACAAUAAUUUCCAAUUUGUCUGUAGCUUAGAGUGCUCACUUACUACCUCUAAACAAUAUCACCACCAUAGUUUCUUUUGCCCUUAUUUAAUGUUUUCCUCUAGUUACUUUAAAGACAUCUUGUAACACUGUAAACUCUUCAUCCUCUAUGUAAUCUAAUGUAUAUUUUAAUCUUUUAAUAAAAUGCCGUUGCUGUACCGCAACUUAAAAUGACAAAAAUAAAAAAAUGAAAAUGAUAACAAUAUUAAUACCGUGAAAAAGAGAUGGGG